AUGUUUGUCAACCGCUCUACGGAUCAACGCCUGCGAUCCGUAAUAUUGCCAACAUCGUCGGUGAGGCCUGCGUAUGGAACACCAGUGCUGGAGGCGCCCGAGAAUGAGUGGAAUUUGGAUGCCCAGAAGCCACUGCUCAAGCUUGCGCUUGCAACUAGUCGGCACUCCAAGGUGCUCUCGCUUCGCUCUGUGCAAUCGGCUCGUAUCGAUCCUCCAGCUCUAAGCAACAAUAACCCCCCUGGUCGCAUCGUCGACUACGCCGUCUGCCUCGAACCCGACUUGACCAUCAGCAAUGCAUACCGGACCCUACGACCCCUUGCAGCCAACACCAAUAAGUCCUGA